GGUCUGAUAGCUAAGAAUAGGGAUUUUUACUUUACCAGCUGUCGAGCAACAAGAGAGACCACUCACUAUUUAGCUUAAUUUUUCAAACGAUCGUGAUAACUAAUGCUUGAUAGGAUCGAACUACACAACUUUAAAUCUUAUAAAGGUCUUCAAACAAUUGGGCCUUUUUCUAAGUUUACUGCCAUUAUAGGACCUAACGGCUCUGGAAAGUCCAAUUUGAUGGAUGCAAUAAGUUUUGUUUUCGCUUGCACCAGAGCUGACAGAUUACGAGGGAACAAAGUACAAGAUUUAUUACACAAGGGCGAGUCGCACGGCUCUGUUUGCGCCAUCUUUAAGAACGGAAGCGGAGAAUUACAGUUUGAAAGAAGGUUUAAUAAUGGUGGCACCGAAUAUUUUGUUGGUAAAGAAAAAGUGUCCCGUGAAACUUACCUUAAACACUUGGAGAGUAUUUCGAUUUUGCCCAAAAUUCAAAAUUUUCUCGUGUUUCAGGGGGAAGUUGAGGAUAUAGCCGGAAAGAAUCCUAAAGAGCUGACAAAACUUUUUGAGAAAAUUUCAAUUACUGAGGAAGAUAAGGAAAAAUACUUGAAGGCUAAACGAGAAAAAGAAUUAACGGAAGAUAAAGAAAAUGAGGUUUAUCAAAAGAAAAAAGGCGCCACUGCAGAGAGGCAACAAUAUAAGGAGCAACAAGAGGAAGCAAACUGCUGGCAGGAAUUGAAGCAGCAACUGAAUUCACUCCAACUGGAAUUCGUUCUGUUUAAACUUUUUUAUAUGGACCGCAAGCUUGAAAGCGUGACUGAGAGAAGUACUCUUUUACGAAACCAAGUAAAGGAACAACAGGAGCAAGUGGAGGCUGCGACCGCGGAGCUUCAGAACAAAAGAAAAAGGCACGCUAAGCUAACGAAGGCGUGCCACUUACGACUUGACGAAGUGAAGGCAAAGGAACGCGAGGUGAAUAAGAUCUUUCCGGAACUUAACAAAUGCAAGGAACAACUCCAGAGCUGCGAAAAGAAGAUCGAGAAACUAAGAAACCAGCAUAGUAAGGCAGAGAAGGUUCACACGGCCAGUAGCCUGCGCGUCCAGCAACUCGAGGCUGAUCUCUUUAACGUUGAGGAGAGCAUGAGAGACUUCGAGCAGAAGCAAAUCUUAACGAUGGGAAUCCACCUUAAGCAGGAGCAACUUGAGGAGUACACGAGACUCAAAGAGGAGGCCACAGCGCAGACGCUCUUUGUUGAUUCCGAACUUAAUCAAAAGAAAAAGAUUCUCGAGUCAUUCCAAGAAGAUCUGCAAAGAGAGCGUACGAGAGAAGAAGAAAUACUCGUGACCAUUCGCCAGCGUGAAGCUACCAUUUCCCACUACGAACAUCGGCUGGUCCAACUGCAAGAGGAGGAGCAGAAGACUUCUCGAGAGUGGAAGGCUGCCCGCGAUAAACUUGCUCGCGUCAAAGAAAACAACAGCCUCAUUAGCAUGAAGGUCAGCAGUCUUUUUGAGCAGGAAAGACUUGUAGAGGCAGACUUGCGUGAGGCCAAAGCCGACAAGCACGAAAGUCAUCGCGAGGUUCAGUUCCAGCUUGCACUGGACGGCCUUAUGCGACUGUUUCCUGGCGUCCACGGAAAGCUUAUGGACCUCUGUACCCCAGUCAGCAGCAAAUACAGUGUUGCCCUAGCAGUCGUCUUCGGCAAGAAUAUGAACGCCAUUGUAGUACAAGAUCUCCAGACUGCUCGAGCAUGCAUCCGUCAUCUCAAAGAGCAGCGCCUCUGUACAGCAACAUUUCUGCCCCUUGACACUAUUGAAGGGCAACCUAUUAGCGAGAGGCACAGAGCACAUGGCGGCACCUGCAAGCUGGUAGCAGACAUUGUCACCUGUAAUCCCGCGGUGGGGCGAGCCGUCGAAUUUGUUUGCGGUAACAUACUUGUGUGCGACAGUUAUGAGGAAGCAGCCAGGCUUUGCUUUGGGAGUUCUGAGCGCUACAACUGCGUGACCCUCGACGGCACUUUUAUAAAAAAGAGUGGUCUUAUUACAGGGGGAGUGGCAAGUCUGCAAGGGAAAAGCCAGCAGUGGGGCCAAAAAGCAGUUCACGAGCUAAAAGCAAAGCGCGUAAGAGUCCAUACCGAACUUGAAGAGCUGAAACAAAAAAUAACCCCUGAGCACGAGGUAGCGGAACUGGAGGCGCAGGUCGAGCUUCUGGCAGAAAGGCUCCGGGCUGUCCAACAGGAGCUCCUAUUAGCCAAGGAGAAGCUGGGGCAACUGCAAAAAGAGAGCCAAGGCCUCGCUCGCCACUUGGACACUUUAAAAGUUGAGAGCCUUCUGAAGGAAGUUGACAGAGCGACGCACGACUUGUCGUUGCUUGAGACUAAAAAGUCAGAAAUAGUCAACUCCGUUUUUUGCGACUUUUGUAAAAAACUCAACAUUUCCACCAUUCGAGAGUUUGAGGGUACUUCUCUCAAAGAGGCACGAGAAGUCAACGAAAAACGACUUCAGUUUCGCACUGUUAUCUCAAAAUUAAAAACUGAACUGGAAUACGAGAGAUCGAGGAAUACGGCUUCCGUCUUGCUUCAGCUUCAGAAGCAAAUGGAUGAAGAAGAGAACUCUUUAAAAUUUUUGCGAAAAAAUUGCGAGGUACUGGCGGCCAAACAGCUGAAGUGCAGAGACGAGUUGAACGCUGCAGAGCAGCAUCAUCUUGAGGCUGCCGAACUUCUGAAGAAGAGUGCCGCCGAAGCAAAGGCCAUUCUAAAGGAACUUGCCGCUCACAAAGCCGCUCAUAGCGCUCUUUUAAGCAGUCUUUCCGAAUUGGAAAGAGAGGGGGAUAGAAUUAAUGAGCAGCGAAGUAAUCUGAUUUUGGACUGCCGUUUGAACCAAAUAGAACUCCCGUUGCUAAAAAACAAAGCAAAAGGGGGCGAGGUUUGCGAAUUAUCCGCUGUGGACUAUAGAGGACUAGCCACAGAGUUGAAAAGGUUGAAAGCACCAGAAGAUGUCCAAAACGUGCGGGAAAAUUAUGAAAAGAAACUGCGCGCCAUCACUGAAAAAAUUGAACAAAUGACACCGAAUUUGAAAGCCGUCGAAAAGGCGAAAACCGCCAAGGAAAAGGUGAGGGUCCUAGAUAGAGAGUACCGCCAAGUAGUUGAAUCCGCCAAAAGCGCCAAAAAGACUUUUGAGCAACUGGAGAAAGAAAGAGUGGAGAAGUUUACGAACGUCUUUCAUACUGUACGCGAAAGGAUCAGCGAAAUCUACAAGAGCCUCACAGAAAUCGCUGACCAACCCGGUCAGCACGGCAUUGCCGACCUCAUAUUAGAAGACGAAUCCGAGCCCUUCAAUAGCGGAAUCGAGUACUCUGCCAUGCCGCCAGGGAAGCCCUACAGGCAAAUGGAGCUUCUGUCCGGCGGUGAAAAGACCGUUGCAGCUCUGGCGCUUCUGUUUGCCAUCCAUAGCUGCAUGCCUUCGCCUUUCUUUAUUCUCGACGAGAUCGACGCCGCCUUAGACAUUAUGAACGUCGAAAAAGUUGCGAAUUACAUCAAGCUGCGUUCUUUGGAUUUCCAGUGCGUGGUCAUCUCUCUGAAGGAUGUCUUCUAUUCGAAGGCGGACACUCUGGUCGGAGUCUACAACGCCGGGGCGAGCUCCACUCUAACUCUGGAUCUUACAAGGUUUGACAGCCGCUGAGAUCACUAGCUUACUAACCAAGUCAAUAAAGCUUGGCGAUCUUAUGACAUCACCGUAGAAUAA